AUGAUGAUAUUCAUGAAUAUUUCUAUUGUUUCAGCUUUGGCGCUCUGCGACUGGUCGAAUCUUCAACUGCGUCGUCGCAAUCUGGCAAGACGUCACUGUGGACCAAAACAACACACUGACAACUUCGCACAAAUCGGAUCUGUGGCUACGUUCGAAGCUACCGAGUUGGUUCAGACUUUAAAGCAAAUUACGAAGACAUCGGCCGCUCCAGUCAACCUGAAACCUCUUCUGAUGUCUACCGCUAUGAAUAUGUUCUCUAACUACAUGUGCAACAUUCGCUUUGAAGAAUCAGACCCUGAAUUUCGUAAAAUCGUCGAUUACUUUGAUGAGAUUUUCUGGGAAAUCAACCAAGGCUACGCUGUUGACUUCCUCCCGUUCCUCGCACCUUUCUACAAGAAACACAUGGAGAAACUAUCGCACUGGUCUCACGAGAUCCGAUCUUUCAUUCUGUCAAGGAUUGUUGACCAACGCGAAACGACAAGUUCAUUUCACGACACUGAAAGUCCAGAAAAAGACUUCUUAGAUGGUUUGUUACGAGUACUACAUGACGAUCCUUCAGUAGACAGAAAUACUAUUAUUUUCAUGCUUGAAGAUUUUCUUGGAGGUCAUUCUUCUGUAGGAAACCUGGUUAUGCUAUGUUUAACAGCUGUAGCAAGAGAUCCAGACGUGGGCAAACGUAUCAAAGUUGAAAUUGACAGUAUCACGAAAGGAAAGCGAGCUGUAACUCUUACCGACAGGCCAUCCUUGCCAUACACCGAGGCAACAAUCCUGGAGGUACUCAGAUACUCAUCAUCUCCCAUUGUCCCUCAUGUGGCCACAGAAAACGCAGCAGUAGCCGGCUAUGGAGUAGAGAAAGGCACUAUCGUAUUCAUUAAUAACUAUGAACUGAACACAUCAACAAAAUACUGGAACGAGCCAGAGAAAUUUGAUCCGUCGAGGUUCCUGGAAAAGUCCAAAAUCCGUGUGCGACGAAACUCUCUUUGCGACUCCGGUAUGGAGUCGGAUGGGGAGAGAAAUGGACCUAUUGACAAAACAAGAGAGGUUGAGAAAGAGAUAGUCUCUGUAAGGAAGAAUAUACCUCAUUUUCUUCCAUUUAGCAUAGGGAAACGAACGUGUAUCGGCCAAACUAUGGUAACAACCAUGAGUUUUGUCAUGUUCGCGAAUAUUAUUCAAGAGUUUGAUGUAGCUGCUGUUAGUAAAGAUGACUUGAGGCAGAAGCCAGCCUGUGCUGCUCUUCCGAAAGACACAUACCCAUUGUACCUUUUACCAAGAAAAUAA